UUUAGUAUUUCAAAUUUCAACUCCGACCGUUUGUAAUUCCACUCUCUCUCUCUACUCUCUCUCUCUCUCUCUCUCUCUCUCUCUCUCCAAUUCGAAGACCCUUCUCUGCUCGGAUCUGCAAUGCGCUUGGAAUCCAUCGAAUGACUCUCUCUCCCAUCGGAUCACGCCGUUUCGAGCUUACUUGGAUUUUGGUGCUCUUUUACCUUUAUGAGAAGGUAACUCCUGCUAAGACAAAGGGAACUUGAUAAUGAUUUGGGGAAGAGAUUCAAGAGAAAAUUGUCGUCGAGCAGGAAUUGGAGUAUGCAUAUUUGCUUCCUUGUCAACCGAUGAUGGAAAGUGAUAGUACAAAAACUGCUUCAGAAGCUGUUAGCAAUGGUUCCCAGAGAAUGCGACCUUUGCAUGGGAGGACGAGUGGCCCCACAAGGCGUUCUACAAAGGGACAAUGGACAACGGAAGAGGAUGAGAUUUUGCGCAAUGCAGUUGAACGCUUUAAUGGAAAAAACUGGAAAAAAAUUGCGGAAUCUUUCAAAGACCGAACAGAUGUGCAGUGCUUACACAGGUGGCAGAAAGUAUUGAAUCCGGAACUUGUCAAAGGUCCUUGGACUAAAGAGGAGGAUGAAGUGAUGAUUGAAUUGGUGAAAAAGUAUGGGCCAAAAAAAUGGUCUACCAUUGCACAGCAUUUACCUGGACGUAUUGGAAAGCAAUGUCGGGAAAGGUGGCACAAUCAUCUUAAUCCCAGUAUCAACAAAGAGGCCUGGACUCAAGAAGAGGAAGUGGCUUUGAUUUAUGCCCAUCGUCAAUAUGGGAACAAGUGGGCAGAGUUGACGAAAUUCUUGCCUGGGAGGACGGACAAUGCAAUAAAAAACCAUUGGAACAGUUCCGUAAAAAAGAAACUAGACUCAUACCUGGCCUCAGGCUUACUUUCACAGUUCCAAGGCCUGCCUCAUGUCAGCCACCUCAUCCAAUCAAUACCUUCAUCUUCUUCAACGCCACAACAGUUCAGUGGAGAUGACAGUGUUCCCAAAGAGGACACAGAAGCAGAGGAAAUAUCAGAAUGUAGUCAAAGCUCAAAUGUUGUUGGUUGUUCUCAAUCUACAAGUGACAUGUCCCAUGCAGCGGCACAAACAAGAGAAGAAUGCCUACUGGCAGAAGAAUCUAGUCACGUAAAUGAUCCAAGCUCCAAUCCGCCAUCAUAUUGUGAAAGUUAUAAUAUUGCUUUACAAGAAGCUACUUUUUCCAUUCCAGAAUUGGGACAUAAUUACCAUCAUGGUUGGGGAAGUUAUGCAGGUAAAAAUUGGCUGCUCAACUCGAAUGAGUUACCAAACUUACCUUCAUUGGAUUUAGGGCAGGAAUCAUCAGAGUUCUUGAUGCAUUGUAUGGGGGGCGAUGAAAACCAUGAAGUGAUACCUCUCCCACUACAAAGUUCUAUGGGUUUAAAUGCUUCACCUUCUAUGAUCUUGGGAUCCGAUGAACCAGAGCAAUUUUUGAUAUCUGAUGAUGGAUAUUGCAGGGUGAUAUACCCAGAGGCGGAGGUGGUUGGACACUUUACCUCUGGAAAUCUCACAAUAUGCCCAGAUACUACUAAUUUCAAUGGAUCUGAAAAUUCGUUGGUUUGUCAACCAUUAAACUAUCAGAUCUCUGAUGCCCUGUAUUCUGAGAUGUUAGGAAGUUCAUGCUCUCAACUUUUUGCUGUGCCUUCACAUCUUCCUCCUGAUGAUGGUGGACUUGUCUUUGGUAGUGAUUCCAAUCAGUUUAAUGACCUCUCACAUGAAAAUCGGGAAGAGGAGAUUGCAAAGAGUCCAAGUGAUGGUUUUAUCUAUGCAGGCGACUCAGUGAAUUCACCUUUGGAUGAUGAGGAAGAUAAUAUGGGUUUGCAAGGUGAACCAGAUCAGGCAAAGGAAACUUUAACACUAGUUCCAGUAGAUGCUCCAGGACCGUCAAAUAAUAUCCAAACUUGUUCUAUGAAUGAAAAUUCAACUCUGUCAACUGCACAGAAUGAUACCGGAGCUUUAUUUUAUGAGCCUCCUCGUUUUCCAAGCUUAGAAAUACCAUUUUUCAGCUGUGAUCUCAUCCAAUCUGGCAAUGAUAUGCAGCAAGAGUACAGUCCUCUUGGUAUCAGGCAACUGAUGAUGUCAUCUGGAAACUGUUUUUCUCCAUUUAGGUUAUGGGACUCGCCGUUGCGGGAUGAUAGUCCAGAUGCUGUGCUGAAAAGUGCUGCAAAAACGUUCACAUGCACACCAUCAAUAUUAAAGAAACGAAACCGUGAUUUGGUGUCACCAAUGUCAGAAAAGAGAAUCGAGAAAAAGCUUGAGAGCGGCAUGAAUCAUGAAUCGUUUUCCAGUUUGGCUAGAGAUUUUUCUCGACUGGAUGUUAUGUUUGAUGAGAAUGGGAGCCAUUAUAGAGUACCGCUUCUGUCUCCUUCGUCAAACCAGGUUAGGAAGUCCGGAAAGUCCACUUAUGACAAGGAAAAUGCCGAUUUUGCUCUAAAAGCAGAAAAAGAAGAGACCAGAGAUGCUAUCAUUGUGGAAAACACAAAUUCAGAGACACAGUCUGAUCGCAAUCAUUUUGAAGAUAAGAUAGAGCAAGGAACUGUUAGUUUUGACACUAAAACUGAGGGUGACCAUGAGGCUGCGACCCAAAGUGUGCAACAACCUUCUGGAGUCCUGCUUGAACAUAAUGUCAAUGAUCUGCUAUUCGUUUCGCCGAAUCACCUAAAAAUCAAACCAGACAGAGCCCUUGGCGUAACUAGUAGAACUCCUGCAAAUCAGUAUUCUAGAAUGUUGCAAACCACAUCAAGCCAAUGUGCUCUGUCAGAAUCUUCAUCAGGGAACCCAUCAUCUUUCCUUAGCCCUCCUAUUGUCUCCAGGAAGAAGGAUAAAAGUCGGCUAGUUACAGUUGUGUCUGCACAAUCUGCUCCUGAAUCAAACCCCCAGGAAAUUACUGCUAGAAGUGCUGGUGUUGAAGGUUUGAGCAUAUUUGGGGAAACUCCUUUCAAAAGAAGUAUUGAAUCCCCAUCAGCAUGGAAGUCUCCUUGGUUCAUGAACUCUUUUCUGCCAGGCCCAAGGGUUGAUACAGAUAUAACAAUUGAGGAUAUUGGGUACUUUUUGAGCCCUAGGGACAGAAGUUAUGAUGCCAUCGGGCUAAUGAAACAGUUAAGCGAGCAUACUGCAGCUGCAUUUGCUGAUGCCCAAGAGGUUUUGGGAGACGAAACCCCUGAAACAAUUCUAAAGGGAAGAUGCUCCAAGAACCAGAAUUUGGAUCAAUUGACCGAACGCCGCCUAGAUUUCAGUGAAUGUGAGACACCUCGGAAAGGAAAAGAAAAGGAAAAGGAAAACACGAAAGAAAAAGAAAGUGGGAAAUCUUCAACUGCCUUAAAUUUCUCAAGUCCCUCUUCCUACUUGCUGAAGGGUUGCAGGUAGCAGAUUUUUCUGACCAUAGUAGCCUACUGCUGUAAUAUGUCAAAGUCCUUGUAUACAUAUCUCUGUAUUUACCUUUAUCUGUAUUCCAUUCUUUGUUCUCCAGGAAAAUUACAAUAUGGAUUUCAAUUAAUUUAAAUGAGAAAAGAUGGUUUAAUGAA